AUGCACGCCGAGGCGGGCUCGAGCGCGCGCACCUACCAGGCUGGACUGAAGCGCGACUGCGACGAGCGCGGCAGGGUGUUGGCGCACUGCCGCACCGUGACUGACAGCAACGGCAAAACGCGUGGGAUGCGGCUGGAGGACUUUGUCUCGCACGCGAGCGCGCGGCCCGCGAACCUGGCCGAGGCGCAUGCGUUCCGCUCGAUCAACAACCCGCUCCGUGACAGGGCGCGAUUCGAGCGCGGCGAGCCGCACCCGCUGCCGGUCACGGUGGCGCUGCUUCGCGACGCCCUCGGCAAGCUGCGGGCGGACUCGCUCUCCUCCAACCCGGAGGACGUCGGCCAGCGAGGCGCUUUCGUCGGCCUCGGCAACACCGAGCCCGGCACGAGCGCGGACGUCUUCGGCCUCGAGCAGCGCGGCGCUGUCGGGGACGGCGACUUCAGGCCGAGCGACGGCGGCGGCUAUGUGGCGUACAAGAAGGCGGACUACGCGCACGCCCUCUCGCGCUCGGACACCGACGUGCAGAUGUACCUGUUUGAAACCUUCGGCGGGUGGUGCAACGCGGUCAAACGGCUGUUCUACCAGAUGAAGGACAAGGUGCGCAACAAGCUCUCGAAGCGGCAGCACGAGGACGAGGCGAGCUGGUCGACGCGGUCGUGGCUUUCGCUGCAGGCCCAGCGCAUGUCAGUCGCGCUGCAGCUCGCGGCGGCGGAAGAGAUUGCGACCGAGCUCAGGCUCGCCGCGGCGUCGGAGGACGCCGCCGUCGCCUAG